AUGGCGCUCGCGCCGUGGACGUCCGCGGUGCCGAGUCGCGGGGCGCGCGUGGCGCCGCGCGCGACGCCCGAGCCGGGGCGAGGGAAUCGGAAGAAGCAAAAUACCGGCGGGAGGCGGGCGAAGAAGCCGCAGAGGCAGGAAUUCGUCGAGGACGAGGGACGACGCGAGCGCGAGUUCGCCGACGUCGCGCGCAGAGUGCGCGCGAGGGAGGCACCGGUUGAAGAUGAGCGCGCGGGGGCGUUCGUGGGGGCGAACGCGGGGGAGUUUGAGGCCAAGUUGGCGGAGCUGAAGGCGAAAAAGCGAGACGCGAGCGGGACGUUCGACGAGGGCGUCGGCGGGGCGUCGUUCGAUAUGAACGCCAAAGUGGAUUUUGGUGGAGCGAAGGCGACGCCGAGAGGGCCGAUGGCGAACCGGUUGGCGGACGAGCGAGCGCCGGUGGCAAAGGAGGACGAGGAGGAUGGAAACCAGACGCUCGUGCGCGUGGUGAGCUUCUUAGCGGCGUGCGCGCUCGUGGUGGUCUUCAUUCCGUCAGAUUUAACGUUCAACGCCCCAGCGGGAACGCAAAAAGGUGGGCUGAGCGAUAGUGUGAAGGAAGAGGUGAGGAAACAGGCAGAGGCGGUGGAAGAGGCGCUCACCGCAGCGCCAGAAGAUGCAGACAAGUUGCGCCAAGCCGCGCAGUCUUGGCUCGCUUUGGACGAUUAUCCCAAGGCACUUCCUUUCCUCGAGCGACUCGUCGCGAUCGACCCGUCGAACGAGGAGAACGUGAGCGCGUUGGCGGAGACUUGGAUCGCCGAUGGCCAACCGAGUCGAGCGGUCGAGGCGUACCGUGGCAUCAUCGACGCCGAGGUCUUGGGUAAAGGACCGAGCAGCGCGCCGUCUAGCUCAUUCUUACGCGGUUACCUCGAUGCCCUUGGUAAAGCCGGGAGAAACGGUCUCGCUCUCGAGUACGCCAAGACAUUCUCAAAGAAGGGUUGGGUUGACGAUGUCGAUUCUCAACUCCUCCAAGCGAGAGUGUACUCCGCGUGGAAGGGCCACGGCAAGGAGGCUGAUCAAGCCUUCCAAGAGGUUGUCGACGCGCACCCUGACGAUUUCCGCGCACAUCUGGCUCAAGGUGUCUUCUACCGCCAGGUUGGAAAACCCGACGCCGCUGAGAAUAGCUUCCGCAAAGCCAAGAGUCUCGCUCCCGCCGACGUCCAACGCGUCAUCAAGGAAGUGAUCGCCGCCUCGAAAUCCCAAACGUGA